ACUUAUCAACGCUCGUCUCAAGUUCAGCGUCCAUUUCAUGUUUGCUAGUCAAGCUGGUUUUCGUCACUUUAUCUUCCUCUGAGGAAGUAAAACAUCUUUUUUCAAAACAUGAACUUGCUUUUCUUCUUUCUCCUGGCUGUGGAAAUACACAGCGUGGCGCCUGUCAUUCAUUCGCUAAAGUAUUUCCUAACUGCAUCCUCUCAAGUUCCAAACUUCCCAGAGUUUGUAAACGUUGGUUAUGUUGAUGAAGUUGAGAUUGUUCACUAUGACAGCAACAGCAGGAAAGUAGAACCCAAACAGGACUGGAUGAACAAAAUCACAGCAGAGGAUCCACACUACUGGCAGAGACAGACAGAGAUCAGUGUUGGUAAUGAAGAGAUCAGCAAACACAACAUGGAAAUUUAUAAGAAGCGCUUCAACCAAACUGGAGGUGUUCACAUUUACCAGAGGAUGUUAGGCUGUGAAUGGAAUGAUGAGACUGAUGAGGUUAAUGGAUGGCACCAGUGCAGUUAUGAUGGAGAAGACUUCAUAUCAUUGGACAUGAAGACAUGGACAUGGACCGCAGCAAAACCACAAGCUGUCCCCACCAAACACAACUGGGACCAUAACAUAGCUUUGAUGGAUUAUAAUAAGUAUUACUUCACUGAGCUUUGUCCUUCUUACCUGAAGAAGUAUGUGAACAAUGGGAGGGAGGUCCUAAUGAGAACAGAGCUCCCAGAGGUGUCUCUCCUCCAGAAGACGCCGUCCUCUCCGGUCAGCUGCUUCGCCACAGGUUUCUACCCCGACGGAGCCAUGAUGUUUUGGAGGAAAGACGGCGAGGAGCUCCACGAGGACGUGGAGCACGGAGAGCUCCUCCCCAACCACGACGGAACCUUCCAGAUGGCGGUGGACCUGAAAGUGGAGGUGACGGCCGACGUGGAGGGCAAGUACGAAUGUGUGUUUCAGCUGGCUGGCGUCAAGGAGGACAUGGUCACCAAGCUGGAGAGAAGAAGCAUCCUGAGCAACGCGAGCCGUGAAGGCAACUUGAGCGUCGCCGUGGCUGUCACGCUGGCGCUCCUCGCUGUGGUCGCCGUCGUGGCAGCCAUCUUAAUCGUCAGUCGUAAUAAAAAGAGACAAGCCAAAUACGAUCCAGCUCCUCGUGACGGUGGUUCCGAGCUCUCGGAGAAGUCUGAAGGUAGUGGGGGCUGAAGGCUGAGUGAGACACAGCAGCCGGCACACAGAUGGUUUGUGUACCGGAACCCAGAGAGAUGUCUCCAUCACUGAGGGACAUCAUCAACGUUGGCUAUCACAUGGAGAUGUGAUUUAUUUUUUCUCCUUAUGUUAUAUGAUGUCUUCUUUGGGUGUUUAUGGCUUGGAAAACACUUUCUAUGAGUCAGGCUAUGUUAUCUUUUGGGGUUCACGUGUCAUCGCACCGUCAUGGAUUAUCAGAUCAAAGCUAUGGUAAAUUACCAUAAGUCUCCAACAAUCAAAAAUAAUUGCAAUGGUAGCGAUACCCGGCUUUUCCAGUGACGGGUUAUUACGGUAAUCACAGGGACUAAUCAUAGGGGGUCUUUGAUACAGGGCAUUGUGACGGAGAGGGACAGAACUGACAAAAUUAUAUUUUAUGAGACAUUUCUAACCGUUAGUUUUUGGAUUUUUGAUUUAUUGAACAAUGUUUUUUUUUUUGUGAAACGUGGAGGUGGUGGUCUGGGAAAUAACGCUUACAUAUUUUUGAUAUUCAGUGUUUUAUAAUUCAUAGUCUUUGUUCAUAUACACUCUGGGUGUGUUCAAUUCCUUUCAAAUAAAAUUCUUUUUUGGG